AAGCCUGAGUUUCACAGAGCGCAGAACUGGAGGCAGGUGCAGUUCCCGAAUCAUCAGGAGUAGCAGAGACACAAAGCCAGACAAGUCUUUGCGUGUUUCCCUGCUGGCACCGCCUUCCUGCCUGGGAGCCUGUCCUGCUGGAGAGGAAUUUCUGCGGCCAGUACAUUCUGGUGGUGAUGCCAAGAGCCCGGAUCAGAUCACCGUGAUCAGAUCACCAUGACGACACCACAAACACUCCCCGAGGCGGUAAGGCAAGGCCGUACGGGCUGUAAGGUUGCAGCCCCAGGAACACCCUGGGCCCCAGGGGGCUCGCUGGCUCCCACAGGUAGGAAGGGACAGACACAGAGACGCUGCCAGUGCUGCACAGCUCCCCAGCAUCACCUCGGCCACCGCUAUAACCGCUCCUACAGGCUUCCACCAGCCCGGGAAGUGCAUUUUUGAAGCAACAGCAGUAGCCUCCGCAGCUUAAGGCUGCUCAAAUUAGGUCUGAGCAGAGGUGGAGACAAUGGACAAGGAAAUGGAAAAUGCUGCCCUUGAGGAGACAGUAGAGAUGAUCGUUGCAGAUGUGAUACGUGGUGCAACAGAACAAUUCCUAGCCCUGCAGAAAAAAGAGACAGAAGCUGAAUGUGCUGCCAAAAAUAUUCAGUGGACCACCUGCAAGGACUUCACAGUGGAGAGAGGAAAGCAGCAGAUUGAAGAAUACAUUUCUACUUGGGAGGUUCAUGAAAGCUGGAUUUACUGGUCAGAAUUUCUCCGUGAAGAAGAACUGACGUUCAGCAAGAGGUACCACUACAGAGUUCUCUGGAGCAUCCCGACACGCAGAAAACCCAUCCCGCAAGCAACAGCAAGCGUCUUUUUCGUUAUAGAGAUCUCCAAAAUCAAACCUGCUACCUUGCCGGUGGAGGUAUUCUUCUUUCUGGAGUCCAGCAGGCUGAUUCACAGGCCAGAACAAUGUCAAUUUAGAGAAAAGUGGCUUAAGGACAUCAUUGAAAAUAAACUAAUUCUCGAGUGAAGCCUCACAUUCUAAUGAAUAACUCCAACUCACAGACAUCGAUGCUCUCUUGGUAUUCGUGGAGGAUAAACGCACACCACGAAGAAAAACCUGCUUUUCCUCAUUAGCUUGUGGAUUACCUCGUGUAUGGGUAAGAAGCAUUAAACCUGUGCAGAAUCAUGGCCUGAUCUGGCUACUGGUUUUAAGUCAUAGUCCCCUGAAGGUACAGGUGGGUGCAACGGGAUAGGAGCAGGUCUGAGGGUGUAAAUGGGAAGAGGCAGCUGGGCUGGAAAUGUUUGCAAACAGGCCUGCAAGACUCUGGGGCAAACAUUAUAGGACUUAUUUUUGUUGUACAAACGUACAAGGUAUCUCUGCUGCCAAAACUACAACACAAAAUUGAGUCGGGGGGGAAGCCCUCUA